AUGCACCGGCACCCCCGACCCCCUCGUGUCAUCCCCCUGCCCUGCCGGGUGCUGGCAGUGCCCAGGAAUCGCUCCAGACCCAUUAAACGGAUGCUGAGGUGUCGUGCCGAGGGCUCCCCCCUUCCCCCCGCGGGCUCCGUCACGUCCCCGCGCAGGGACCUUCCCUCGGCGAGGGGCGAGAGCCGUAAACAAGCCCGGGGCACCGCGGCUCUUCACGGCUGCCUCGCACUUGGCAUCGCACAAAUGAACAUGCGUGUGCAUCCCGUGUGCGUGGUGGGAGCGCGACCGAUCCCCCUGAGCUGCGAGAACCCCAAACCCCAGCUGCAGAGUCCGGCAUCCAGCCAGGACCAUCCCACCCUCUCCUCUCACCCACCCCCGCCGUGCCAUGGGCAGAGCCCCUUAUUUAGCGCCGUGCAGCAGCUGGUGCCACCGUACUUCGCCUCCCGGCUGAGCCCGUGCUGGGGGAGCCACUGGAGCUGCCCACCACCACUGCUGCCCACCACCACCACCACCACCGCUGCCCACCGCUCCUCGAGGCGUCCCUGCUCUGCAGCCACCAGUGACGAGGGUCCCUCGGCCCCUGGCCCCGCACCAGGCAGCACCGGAGGGCUCGGCAGAGCCCGGUCCGGUCCCGGGCUCGUCCCGGGCCGCCCCGUCGAGGGGGCACCGGCUCGGGGCGGCCCCGGGCCCCGCCGCUCCGCCGCUGACCGCGCCCCCAGACCCCCGCCGAGGAUGAGGAGCCGCCCGGUGCUGGCGGUGCUGCUCGUCCUGGCACUGCCGCUCGCCCUCGCCCGCCGCCCCCUCGCCGCCGCCCCGCAGGACCCCGCGCCCCCCGCCCAGGGGAUGCCCGUCCCGGAGCCGUUGCGCUGGAGCGCCCGCGGCAGCCCCGGGGCCGCCGCCGCUGCCGCCGCCGCGCUGGAGCUGCUGCGGGAGCAGGGCGCCGGUCCCCCCGCGGCGCAGCAGAAGCGUAAGUCCCGCCCGGUACCGGUGACGGUGCCGGUGCCGCCGCCGGGGCCGGGGCCGCUGACGGCCGGUCUCUCCGCAGGGGACAUGCACGAUUUCUUCGUGGGGCUCAUGGGGAAGCGGGCGGCGGAGCCCGGGCGAGCGGCGGGGCGGGGGGAGGGCGGCCCGGCCCCCCGCUGCUCUCCGGGGACCCCCGCGCCCGGCCAGGCCCCGCUGCGAGCCCUUUGAGCCGCGGGAGGAGCCUCCCGCGCCCGGGGGGCCGCGGGACCGGCUGCGGGGGCGUCCCGGGCGCCGCCGCCCGCGGAGCCGUCGUGGGACCCCGCCGGGAGCGCGCCCGUCCCGCCCCGCGCGCGUGUCCGCGCGUCCACCGCCGCGCGUGUCCGCGCACCCGUGUACACCCGCAUCGCCCCGCUAAACACCCACC